GCAGAUUCUCCCUCCCUCCCCCAAAGCCUGGCGAGAGGUUUAGUUAGCCCAGAGCGCCGAGCCAGCGGGAACCGCGACGCUGAGCGCUCGCAGUGGGAAAAGCCGUGCGCCAGGGUCUCUCGGAACACAAGCGACGCUUGUCUUCUCUAGGCACCCUGGAGUCACCAAAGGCAAGUUCAGCGGGGGCGCACCUGCCAGACGCCCCAGACCUCGCAGGCCAGGGGCCCUCCGAGCCUAAAAAGAUGGCUCAGUCCAAGAUGGACUGUCGCUCACCUGUGGGCCUGGACUGCUGCAACUGUUGUCUGGACCUGGCCAAUAGGAGCGAGCUCCAGGGAGACAGCAGUGGGGACAACAACAACCGGAGCAGCCCCACAGUGAGCAACUUUAGGCAGCUGCAGGAGAAGCUGAUCUUUGAGAACCUCAACACGGACAAGCUCAACAGCAUAAUGCGGCAGGAUUCUCUGGAGCCCGUGCUGCGGGACCCCUGCUACCUGAUCAACGAGGGCAUCUGCAACCGCAACAUCGAUCAGACCAUGCUCUCCAUUCUGCUCUUCUUCCACAGUGCCUCUGGAGCCAGCGUGGUAGCCCUAGACAACAAGAUUGAGCAGGCCAUGGAUCUAGUGAAGAAUCAUCUGAUGUAUGCUGUGAGAGAGGAGGUGGAGAUCCUGAAAGAGCAGAUCCGAGAGCUGGUUGAGAAGAACUCCCAGCUGGAGCGUGAGAACACCCUCCUGAAGACCCUGGCGAGCCCAGAGCAACUGGAGAAGUUCCAGUCCAGGCUGACCCCUGAAGAGCCAGCACCUGAAUCCCCACAAGCCCCAGAGGCCCCUGGUGGUUCUGCGGUGUAAGUGGCUCUGUCCUCGGGGUGGGCAGAGCCACAACUUGUUCUACCUAGUUCUUCCCAGUUUGUUUUUGGCUCCCCAAGCGUCAUCUCACGUGGAGAACUUUACACCUAACAUAGCUGGUGCCAAGAGAUGUCCCAAGGACAUGGCCACCUGGGUCCACUCCAGUGACAGACCCCUGACAAAGAGCAGGUCUCUGGAGACUGAGUUGCAUGGGGCCUAGUAACCCCAAGCCAGUGAGCCUCACAUGCCAUCACGCCCCAGGGGCUCUCAGGGCCUGGGCAACUUAGCUGCAGCUGGCAAAGGAGAAAGGUAGUUUGAGAUGACAUGCCAGUGUGCUCCAGAAAGUAUAGGGGUCUGUUUUUCAUUUCCAUGGACAUCUUCCACAGUUUCACCUGACAACGACUGUUCCUAUGAAGAAGCCACUUGUGUUUUAAGCAGAGGCAACCUCUCUCUUCUCUCCUGCCUCACACAGGCAGGGGUACAGAUGGGAGAGAUUGAGCCAAGUCAGCCUUCUGUUGGUUAAUAUGGUAUAAUGCAUGGCUUUGUGCACAGCCCAGUGUGGGAUUACAGCUUUGGGAUGACCGCUUACAAAGUUCUGUUUGGUUAGUAUUGGCAUAGUUUUUCUGUAUAGCCAUAAAUGCAUAUAUAUACUAGGGCUAGAUCUAUAUCUUAGUGUAGUGAUGUAUUCAUAUACACAUACACCUACAUGUUGAAGGGCCUAACCAGCUUUGGGAGUACUGACUGGUCCCUUAUCUCUUAAAGCUAAUUUUUGACUGUGCUCAUGUACCAAGUUGACCUAGUUUGUCCUUUAGUUUAACUAAAACUCAAGAAAAAAGGCAGGGAGAGGGGGACCAGCCUCAUGAUGCGGCCACAGAUGCCUUGCUGCUGCAACCCUUCCCCAUCUUUCCACUGAAGACAUGUGAAGUCCUCUUUUGAAUGCCAAACCCACCAUUCACUGGUGCUGACUACAUAGAAUGGGGUUGAGAGAAGAACAGUUAAGACUUCAUGUUGUUGUUUGUGGCAAAGUUUGGAGUGAAUCACAGAUUUCCUCCUGCUGUGGAUGAGGGAUGGAUGAAGGGAGUGAAUGGCUUUGAUCCCCUGGGGCCUGAGGCAUUGAUGUGCCCAGGGAGCUUGUAUAAGGAAGUUCUGUGACAGUGAACACUUUCCACUUUAUGACACCUUAUCCUGCUGUAUGUCUUCAGGAUUUGGACAUUGAUUUUUCAAAUGUAGCUUGAAAUUUCAAUAAACUUUGAUCUUUUUCUAAAAAUUAA